CUCGACAGCGGCGGGCUAACCAUGUACGAAGCACUAGUAUGUAAGCUCCAAAGCGACAAGCGUGCGGGGCAUCGACGAAGCGAGCAGGACGUCUGCUGACGACUCAUCACCUCUUGCUUGCCCAUCGCUCUGUUGCGGCCACGUCCGAGACGAUAGCGCCACUAUUCGUCCAUGCGGCUGGGAGUAUCGAUAUGUCGGAAAAACGACUUGAAGACGCGGAGUGGCCUCUGUUGCCACAGGCACCAAAACCCAAGCGUGGUAUCAAGACACCGCUGAUUGUCGCUGUGGGAUUUUUGGCGAUGUGCUCGAUGUGCGUCCGCCUUUAUCCCAGGCAGGCAGAUGUCAUCUCAAAGAACGAUGAUCCACCGAAGGCUCCGUCGUGGAGCUGGAACGACAUCCAGCCAAGUCGUUCGCUGAAAUGGACCGACUGUUACAACGGCACAUUGCAGUGCGCAAGACUCGACGUAGGCGGCCCUAUUGCUCCUUGUCUGCGCUUCUUUCGCAUAUGAGCUGGGACUUAUUGCAGCAGGUACCGAUGGACUGGCAAAACCCAUCAGACGAGGAGCGGUUGGUACUUGGAGUCACGAGGUUGCUAGCCAAGUCUAAGGAGAAUCCGCUCCCGCCAGUAUUUGUCAACCCAGGAGGCCCUGGCGGGUCCGGGCUCUACUUGAUGCAAAAGGCCGGUUCGGUACUGCAGACUAUUGUUGGGGACAACCAGGAUAUCAUUUCAUGGGAUCCCCGAGGAGUCGGCGUCUCGACGCCAAGGAUCGAGUGUUGGGGCACCCCGGAGAAGAGGCAGCUGUGGGACAUGCAGGACGCGGGCAUCGUGGACGAGCGCGAGGGCCUCGUGUACGACACGUACUCGCGUGGAGUGGCCUACUCGAGGGCGUGCGAGGGGGCGCUCAACGGCACAGACAUGCUCCCGCACCUGAGCACGGCGUACCAUGCGCGGGACAUGCUCGAGAUACUGAACCAGACGGGGCAGCCGAAGCUGCGGUAUUGGGGCUUCAGCUAUGGGACGGCGCUGGGCGGCGCCUUUGCCGGUCUGUACCCGGACCGGGUGGAGAGGCUGGUGAGCGACGGAAACGUCGACUACAGGGAGUGGUUCGGGGACGGGCUGCGCAACUACCUCUCCGAUGCCGACAAGGUGUUUGACGCCUUCGACGCGGCCUGCCACGCCGCCGGCAAGGACAAGUGCGCUCUCUGGGCGUCCUCCCCGCAGGCCGUCGGGCAUCGGCGCUCGUCGCUUCUCGACGCCCUCAAGAUGCGCCCCGUCCUCGUCCCGGCCAACGCCCGCCCCUCGGGGCCCGAGCUGCCGGAGCGCGUCACGUACUCGCGCCUGCAGCGCCUCACCCGCGCCCUCGUCUACAGCCCCCUGUACAGCGCCCCGACGAUGGCGCAGGUGUACGCCGCGCUCGAGGAGGGCGACGGGCUGCCCUUUUACGACGUCGUGACGCUCCUCGCGGAGCAGCUGCGGGGCGGCGCCGGCGGCGGCUCGAGGCCGCUGUGCUCGCUGACGGACACGCCCGCGACGAUGCCGCUCGAGACGCCGGCCGAGCCCGACGCCCUGGCCGGCAUCAUGUGCGCCGACGCGCGGGCCGCCGCGUCGCUCGACGAGUUCGAGGCGUACACGCGGGGGCUGCGGAGGAGCAGCCGGUGGAUGGGCGCCGCGCAUGCGGACCUCGGGGCCGCGUGUGUGGGCAAGACGAUUGCGUCCAAGUGGCGCUUCAGUACGGACGACAUCAAGGCCGACACGAGCUUCCCGAUCCUGUACAUUGGCAACAUGGCCGACAACGUGACGCCGCUGGGCAGCGCGCGCAACAACUCGGCACUGUUCCCCAGCUCCGUCGUGCUGGUGCAAAAGUCAUAUGGCCACUGCUCCCUCGCCGCGCCGUCGACCUGCACGGUCAAGCACAUCCGCGCCUACUUUCAGAACGGCACGCUGCCCGCCGCGGGGACCGAGUGCGAGCAGGACUACGACCUGUUCGAGCUGCCGCCGCCGCCGCCGCCGGAGGAACUCGCCGCGCGCGCGGCCGCCGGGACGGAGGACGAUGAGCUGCGGAGGGCGGCGUUCGAGCUAUCGCGGAGGGCGGACGUGGUGAGGCAUCGCGGGCCGAACCGCUUGUAAGUUGUAACUGACACACGCACGCGCGCACGUGUGUACAGUGUGUAUGUGAAUGAGAAGCAACGGCGGGUCUCUCUUGUUGGCAUGGAAACUACCUGUCUGUCGGUGUGUGUGUGUAAGUGUUAUCCUCUUUGAGAAGAUUGUAGUUAUUCUAGACUUUUUAUUCUUAUUUUUCGUCGUUCGCGGUUGCUGAAC